CCGGGGUUGAAUUUCCCAAGCUAAAGCUCCGUCACUGCUGACAUCAUCUUCCUAAUAGUGACUGCUGUUAUCAAGAUGGCGCUGCGGCCAGGAUCUGGGGGAGGCAGCAGUUUUAUGUAUCCUGUUGGAGGGGGUCUGGGACCUCCACAAGGGAUGGUACCAAUGCAGCAACAGCAACAGCAGCAGCAGCAACAGCAGCAGCAGCAGGGCUUCCCCAUGGUUCCUGUCAUGCAGCCGAACAUGCAGGGCAUGAUGGGAAUGAACUUUGGGGGACAGAUGCCCCCAGGAGCCAUGCCUAUGCAGGGUGGUAUGGCUAUUGGGAUGCAGACCCCUGGGAUGCAGUUCUUGGGUCAGGCACAGUUUAUGGGUAUGAGACCUGCUGGACCCCAGUACACUGCUGACAUGCAGAAGCAAAUGGCUGAGGAGCACCAAAAACGUCUGGAGCAGCAGCAGAAGAUGCUGGAGGAGGACAGGAAAAGAAGACAAUUUGAGGAGCAGAAACAGAAGCUGAGGCUGCUCAGCAGUGUCAAACCCAAGACUGGAGAAAAGAGCCGCGAUGAUGCCUUGGAGGCAAUCAAAGGUAACCUGGAUGGCUUCAGCAGAGACGCGAAGAUGCACCCCACUCCAUCAUCACAGACCAAGAAGCCAGACUCAUCGCCAUCACACCCGUCUGUCACCACUCACUCCCUCCCCCCAGCUUUGUCCGAGGACAGUGAUGAGUUUAGUGACUUUCAGGGGCCUUUAGACGCCCCCACCUCCUUCCCUCCGCCCUCCUCCUUCUCCACUUCCUCCACCUUCAGCCUCUCCUCUCAGGCACACGUCCAGCCUUUGUCCUCUGCCCCCAAGACAGGUUUCUCUGAGGACGAUGACGACUUUAGUGACUUUGUUCAAGGUCCUGUAAAGGCUUUCCCUUCCUCCGAACUUCACCUCUCCUCACAGGCCCAAGUCCAACCUUCGUCCCCUUCCCUGAGGUCAGGUCUGUCCUCCUCUUCCUCCUCCUCCUCCUCCUUCCCUCAGUCCCUCCCUGCCUCUGUGUCCAUCCCCACUGUCACCCAACACUCUGCUGUCAACACCAGCUCCCAAUCUACAUUUCAAGGCCCUUCCCUGGAAGAGAAGCUAUUCUCCUCAUGUGAUUUUACUGCUGAAAAGAUGGCCCACGUUAGCUUUAAGUCCAGGCAGAGUUUGGCUGAAAUGGGUCCUAAAGCUAAAGUUUCAACCCAGUUUCAGUCCAGCACUAAAUCCAGGAACUGGGCUGUGGCUCCUGAGGACUUGAGUUCUGUCUUCGUCACAGAAAAGCCACCUGAGGCCCCGGUGUCAGCGGCCAGCAUUGCCCCAUCAGUUGCUGACUCAUCUCCUCAAACCAGUAGUGACAGUGCAGGUGUUGGCGUAUACCCACAACAAGAGCACAUCCAGCCCAUGCUGCCAGCCUGGCUUUACAAUGACAGCCUCAUCCCAGAAAUGUUCAAGAAAGUUCUUGAAUUCACCAUGACUCCUGCAGGGAUAGACACAGCCAAACUCUACCCAAUACUAAUGUCAUCAGGUCUUCCCAGGGAAGCACUGGGGCAAAUCUGGGCAUCAGCCAACCGCACAACACCUGGCAUGUUGACCAAGGAGGAGCUCUACACUGUACUUGCACUAAUUGGCGUGGCGCAGAGUGGCCUCCCUGCAAUGAAUGUGGAAAUCCUCAGUCAGUUCCCUUCUCCGCCAGUGCCCAACCUGCCGGCUCUGGCUAUGGCCAUGGCCCCCGUCAUGCCCCAGCACCAGCAGCCCAUGAUGACUAAGCCCCCGGUCUCCAUGGCCAUGCCCACACCAGCACCACCAGUCAUGGCUAUGACAGCUGCCGCACCGGCUCAGGCACCCACUAACGCUAACUUCAUCGCCAGUUUCCCUCCUGCACAAGCAUCCAAAGCUGAUGACGAUGACUUCCAGGACUUCCAGGAGGCUCCAAAGGCAGGAACAGGAGAGCAGGCCUUCGCUGAGUUCCAGGGGGAACUUCCCACCGCAAUCGCCCCUCAGCACCAAAACAGCGCCCCUGCCAUGCUGACUCCGGUCUCUGGUUCCUCCAAGGCCAUGUCGUCUGAUAAGUACGCUGUCUUCAAGCAGCUGUCUGUGGAUCAGCCUGCAGAGCCUGCACCACCUGCCUCAGAUAUUGGAGACAAAUACAGUGUGUUCAGACAGCUUGAACAACCUGCUGACAAGAAAACAGUUGGGGAAGGAUUUGCCGAUUUCAAGUCUGUCAGCGCUGAUGAUGGCUUCACAGACUUCAAAACCGCCGACAGCGUCUCUCCACUAGACCCUUCAGAACAGGCCAAGAUCUUUCAGCCUGCCUUCCCUUCUGCUUUUCCAAACUCUCAGUCUCUACAGCAUCUACCACAACAGCAGCAGCAGCCAACAGUGUCUCUUUCUCAGUCCAAAAAUCCUCUCAACAUGGCUGACCUGGACCUUUUCUCUUCUAUAGCUCCUUCUGUUCCUGCUCCUCCUGAGACAAAACCAAGCACAUUCCCCUCAGUAUCUGUGCCCCCAUCUCUAGUGCUCCUACCAGGUGGAGCCAAACCUCCAGGGGGAGGUGCAGAUGAUUUUGGUGACUUUGCCCUCUUUGGCUCCUCCUCUGAUGCUGCUCAAGCUUCAGCAGCAGGAGGAGCUGUGGCAGCACCUCAGGACGACUUUGCAGACUUUAUGGCAUUUGGCAGUUCUGGUGGGGAGCCUAAAGGCGAGAGCAGUGUGGGGGUCCAAGGGGAGACCUCCUCCCAGCAGCGGCCUCAGCAGAGCUCAGACAAGUAUGACGUAUUCAAACAGCUAUAUCUAGAGGGAGGCCUUGCCUAUGAUGACACUAAGGAGAGUGGCGGUGGCUCAUUCUCCUCUCUCAAGAGUGACACAGAUGACUUUGCCGACUUUCAGUCCUCGAAGUUCUGCACAGCGCUCGGGUCGUCGGAAAAGACUCUGGUGGACAAGGUGGCCGCUUUCAAACAGGCCAAAGAGGACUCCGCCUCUGUCAAGUCGCUCGACCUCCCUUCCAUUGGGGGGAGCAGCGUAGGAAAGGACGACUCCGAGGACGCGCUCUCAGUGCAGCUGGACAUGAAGCUCUCGGACAUGGGUGGAGACCUGAAACAUGUGAUGUCGGACAGCUCUCUGGAUUUGCCGGGUCUCUCGGCCCACCAGCCCCCCGCUACAGAAGGAGAUGACAUGAAAUUUGACCCCUUUGGGACAUCGGGCCUCAGCACCUUGGCCAGCUAUGACUGGUCAGACCGGGACGAAAGUCUGCCGGGUGAGGUCAGAAAGCCGCAGGGCUUGGAAGGAGCUUCCCUUCCAUCUUUAGUGCCAACACAGAGGAAGGAGCUGACCUUUGGCAGCAGCGAAAACAUCACAAGCAACUCCGUAGCGAAGAUCACCGCCUCCUUCCCCACCGAAGAUGGCUCGUUGGCAGACGACAAGUUUGAAGCCUUUGCUGAUUUCAGUUCGGGCGACCAGGGCAAUGCCGAGGACGACUUUGGGGACUUUGCAAGUACAGUUUCUGAAAAGUCUGACUCGCCCGCCACCACUGCUGAGGCGGGCUCAGAGGGGAACCAAAGUGAGGCCUCUGAUGAGUUUGGAGCCUUCCAGGGGGACAAGCCUAAGUUUGGCAAGUCUGACUUCCUCAAAGCCAGCGCUCAGGCCAAUGUCAAGUCCAGCGAGGAGAUGAUCAAGAACGAAUUGGCAACCUUUGACUUGUCUGUUCAGGGCUCCCACAAACGCAGUCACAGUUUGGGCGACAAGGAAAUUGGGCGCUCGCCACCAUCUCCGGCUCCAGAGCAGCCCUUCAGAGACCGAUCCAACACCCUGAGUGAGAAGCCCGCCCUGCCUGUCAUCAGGGACAAGUACAAGGACCUGACUGGGGAGGUGGAGGAGAGCGAGCGCUACGCAUACGAGUGGCAAAGGUGUCUGGAAAAUGCUCUUGAGGUCAUCACCAAAGCUAACAACAUCCUGAACGGCAUCAGCAGCUCGUCUGUUUGCACCGAGGUCAUCCAGUCUGCUCAGGGCAUGGAGUACCUGCUGGGUGUGGUGGAAGUGUAUCGCGUCACGAGGCGUGUGGAGCUGGGCAUCAAGGCAACAGCCGUGUGCUCCGAGAAGCUGCAGCAGCUGCUGAAGGACAUCAGCCGCGUGUGGAACAACCUCAUGGGCUUCAUGUCGCUGGCAAAGCUCGCUCCUGAUGAGAGCUCCCUCGAUUUCUCCUCCUGCAUUCUGAGGCACGGCAUCAAGAAUGCCAAGGAAUUGGCUUGUGGGGUGUGUCUGCUCAACGUUGACGCUCGCAGCAAGAACAAAGAAGAAAGCACUAUUGGACGUCUGUUUAAACGAGCAGUGACUAAAGACAAUGACAGGAAGUUAAGGGCAUUUAACUCUGAGACGGACAAUUUCAAGCUGCUGUACGGGGGCCACCAGUAUCACGCCAGCUGUGCCAAUUUCUGGAUCAACUGUGUGGAGCCCAAACCCCCGGGCCUCAUACUGCCUGACCUGCUCUGAGCUUUGGCUCCAUCAGAUGGGUGGAGCAUCGGCGCACCUCACACUGCGCAGGUUGGACUGAGAGAAGGAUGUUUAAAGUCACUGGAUCACUCUUGUAUUUAUUUGUUUAUUUUUCCACCACUUCCUUCUUGUCACACAGAGUUUUGGUGACGUCAGCUGUCUUUCAGGCCGAGUUCAUGUGCAGAUCUGAUGGUUUGUUCAAAUUUGAAGCUUUGCUAUAGAUAAUUACCAUCCAUGGUGUUAUUCUUACCCUUUUGUUCCUCACAUUCUUAAUUACCUAAAUAUGCAUAGGUCAGCUGUACAGGUUAUAUUUAAAUCAGUUACAAAUUAUGCUUUUAAGAUGGUUUUUCACUGCAGAAAAAAGUCAGUAUAUUUCUAAAUAUUCCCUUGUCAGUUCUCUUCUAAUAUUUAAAUUAUUAGAUGUGCAAUAUUAUUAAAAAACACUGGAAGAAGACGGUUUCUAAUGUCACUCGCUGCUUCGCUUCUGUUUGAGAGGAAUUUUAUUCAUGACUCCCUUUAUUCCCACUGAACUGAACCAGAGCUGUUGAACCAUGAGCCUAUUAUUGUACUUGAAUUACACGUGUUGGUCCAGCCUGUUUGAUGAAGCGCUGUGGCUGUUAUGGUUUUAAUAUCUUUCUAAAAAAAUUUAACAUUCAAGCUAAGGUAGACGCCUGCCUUUUUAUGAGUCCUGUUUAAUUAACUGCAUUGAAUGAUUUUAUUUUGCACUGUUGGGGACACUUCAGCACCUCUUGGGGUACUUAAAUUGUGUAUUUUAUAAGGGUGGAAAAAAGGUUGUAAUUUGGGGACUUGAUGGGAACCAUGUUAAUGGUUUUGUUUUUUCUGUCUUGGUGUUGUGUGCAACUACAGCUGAAAGUCUGGAAGAAGUUGACUGUUAAUCUGAAUUAAAAUUGCAGCAGCACUUUUUGUAUUUUGCUGUGUCAUGCGGUAAUAUUGCAAGAAUGACUAACUGUAAUGUGAAUGUGAUGUAAAUAAAUAUGCGUACGGUUUA